ACCAAACAUUGUGAUCGCAUCGCGCGCGCCCCCUCCCUCCAUCCCUCCCUCCCUCCUUUGCCACGUCACCCUUUCCUUCUCUUUGUAGUUUGUGCACAAACAACGCAGACAGCCCCGCGCGCAGUGAGACUGAGGCUUCCCCAGAAAAUAUUCUUUGCCUUUGUAACCAUUUUCCCGGUGUUUUCUUGGCAACCAAGCAAGUUUUCCCUCCGAUUUUUAUCUCUCAGCUGUUACAUGGCCAUUAAAUUGUACCAUAACAUCUUUAGGAAAACUGAGAAUGUGUUCCUUGAAGCCGAUUCCAAAAGUUGAAAGUUAACGGUGUAAUUGGACUUGAAACAGAGAAAGACCCAUGCCUACAAUCCGCCUCUACUCAUCGCUAGCUCCGCCCAACAACCGCCAUCCCACUUUUCUGCUGCCGUCAAUCGCAACGUUGCUCAAAGCCUGCAAAACCCAAUUCCAUCUCCAACAAAUCCACGCCCACAUUGUACACAAAGGUUUGGAGCAAGAUUACUUCCUCAUAACCCAGUUCAUCUGCCUCUCCAACGCCCUCGCUUCCCUCUCUUACUCUGCCGCCGUCUUCGACCGCGUUCUCAGCCCCAACACCUUUCUCUGGAACUGUCUGAUCAAAGGGUACUGCGAAAGGUCUGGUUUUUUGGGCAUUGUUUCUCUGUUUGUUCGAAUGAAGAGGGAGGAAGGCCUUCCGGAUAGGUAUACGUACCCGUCUCUCUUUAAGGCGUGUGCGAGUGAGGGGAGGGUAAAGGAAGGAAGGGCGAUACAUGGGUCGGCGGUGCAGUGCGGGGUUGAUGGGGAUGUGUUUGUAGGCACCAGUUUGAAUUUGUACGGCAAGUGCAGGGAGAUUGUUUGCGCUCGCAAGGUGUUUGAUAGAAUGUCUGAGAGAAGUGUGGUUUCUUGGACGACUAUGGUUGUUGGGUAUGCUAGUGUUGGGGAUCUGGUGGAGGCCAACAAGCUGUUUGAUCAGAUGCCCCAGAAAAAUGUGGUGUCGUGGAAUGCGAUUAUUAGUGGGUUUGUGAAGAUGGGGGAUUUGGUUAAUGCUAGGGGGAUCUUUGAUCAUAUGCCUGACAAGGAUGUGGUUUCUUAUACUACUAUGAUUGAUGGAUACGCCAAGUACGGAGAUAUGGCUUCUGCGAGAUUUUUGUUUGAGCAAGCCCCGAAUAUAGAUAUCGUUGCGUGGUCAGCAUUGAUAUCAGGGUAUGCUCAAAAUGGUCAACCUAACGAGGCUGUAAAGAUAUUUCAAGAAAUGAGUACGAAGAAUGUUAAGCCCGAUGAGUUUAUAAUGGUGAGCUUGAUGUCAGCUUGUUCCCAAGUGGGCUGCUUGCAGGUGGCUAAAUGGGUUGAUUCUUACCUGAGCCAGAGCUCCGUUGAUGUUUGUCAGGCUCAUGUUCUCGCAGCUCUGAUUAACAUGAAUGCAAUGUGUGGGAAUAUGGAAAGAGCAACACGUUUGUUUGAAGAGAUGCCUAAGCGGGACUUGAUUUCGUAUUGUUCUAUGAUACAAGGGUUGUCAAUUAAUGGUCAAGGGGGUCAGGCUGUUGACCUCUUCAGACAGAUGCUAAAUGAAGGUUUGGCUCCGGAUAAGGUUGCUUUUACAGUCAUCCUGACAGUUUGUAGUCGGUCAGGGCUUGUUGAGGAGGGUUGGCACUUCUUUGAAUCAUUGAGACAUAAGUACGGUUUAAUACCCUCUCCUGAUCAUUAUGCAUGUAUCAUUAGUCUUCUUAGCCGGUCAGGACGGUUAAAAGCAGCUUAUGAUCUUCUACAAUCAAUGCCUGUGGAGCCUCAUGCUGGUGCUUGGGGUGCACUACUUUCAGCCUGUAAGCUAAACUGCAAUGCUGAGCUAGGAGAGUUAGUUGCUUAUCAACUUUUUGAGCUUGAACCCCAAAAUCCUGGUAAUUAUGUGCUCUUGUCCAAUAUCUAUGCAGAAACAGGCCGCUGGUUUGAUGUUUCUGCAGUAAGGACCAAAAUGGAAGAGCAAGGGAUUAAAAAGAUACCCGGUAUCAGUUAUUUAGUUUAAAGUGUGAGCUUCUUGGUAACUCUCUUUAUGCAGUGCCUGGAGUGUACAGAUGACACACCAUCUUCACUAGCGUCUACAUCAUGGAGUUGGAAUUAAUCAAAAAGAUUUAGUUCUACUCCUAGCUUAUUGGUGCUUGAGAAACCAAGUUGCCAAGGCUGCCUUCUACGACACUCCUUAUUGCAAGCUUCAAGUGGGAUUGCAUCCUGAGAGGAUGGUAGAGACAGAGACAUAAAUGUUUUCGUACAAAGGAGGAUCUGGAAUACUAUUAUGGGGACUUUGAAAUUUCAUUUAUGCAUUUUAACUCGCACGAAGGCUUCAAAUGCAACUGUUUAUUAAGAGAAUCUGCUUCCCUUGAGAGCUUAUCCGGGACCGGGAUCAACUAUCAGCCAAGCAACCUGAAGCUUAUGAGUGGUUUAUCUCUAAGCCAGUUCCGUUGGUGGCCUAGUAAGGGAACGCACUUGGGGUCUAGCAACACAAAUGACACAUCUCUCCUCAUGCUUACACUGACUGACUGACAUGCAAUGCUGCAAUUACAAAACUUGGCCAAGCAAAAAUUUCUUGCCCUCAAUUCUUUGUUAGGUUCCUGAUUGGGGGCAGCAUCUUAUACUAUCCUCGGCUCUCAUCAAUAAGCUCUUAUUGAUUGUAUGUAGAGGUAGCAUGUAAUUUCAUAACCAUCUUGUGGAUAAUGCUUUGUGGUUCAAAUAUGGUAUCUAAAUAUACAUAAGUUCCACAUGUAGACCGUGAAUAGCUGCACUGGCUUCCAUUUUAUCCAGGCAAUUCUGGUAUCCCUUGGGCAUCAAAAUCAAUGGGAAGGACCUCCCAAUUAUGAAACAA